ACCAUCUCUUAUGGUAAAAAGUUGGGACAUUCCGGUUCACCCUAUAUAUGUAUGAGCUCUCUGGUGGCGAGGGGGGAGGGGGAGGGGAAGUACGCUCGUGUAUAACCUCCAACACGAUUCGUAUCAUCGGCAUAUGUCUACGAGGAAUUGUAGACUAUCGGGUUGUGAGAGAAUCUCGUAUCACAAUUAUGAAAAAAUACAUAAAAUCAUUGUUAGAAGGAGAUGGCAACUUGCAGUUGCUGUAUCCGGCCUUACUGGCGGCUGCAUUCGUUCUUAUAGUGCUAGUUUUAUUCGCACUGUGGCGCAAGAGAAAAUCUGCAGGGCAUAUUAUCCUCUUAACAGGCCUCAGUGAUAGUGGAAAAACGUUGAUCUAUACGAGAUUAUUGUGUUCCAAAUUUGUCAAGACUUAUACAUCUAUUAAGGAAAAUGUAGGAAAUACUUCAAUCAACAAUACUUCUUUGAGAAUAGUGGAUAUUCCCGGAGACGAACGACUGCGCAGCAAAUACUUUGACAAGUACAAAUCAUCUGUGAAAGGUCUGGUUUAUGUGAUCGAUUCGGUGACUAUUCAGAAGGAGAUCAGAGACGUGGCUGAGUAUCUGUACAAUUUAUUGUCGGAUUCUAAUAUACAAAAGAACAUUCCCGUUCUGAUAUUGUGCAACAAGCAAGAUCAAACUAUGGCUAAGGGUUGUGCAGUGAUAAAAAUGCUGUUAGAAAAAGAAAUAAAUCUGCUGCGAAUGACAAAGACUAGCCAGUUAGAAGCCACUGAUGCGUCGUCAACGAAUGUCUUUCUUGGGAAACAGGGAAAACAUUUUGAUUUCUCGCACUUGGACUCGCAGAUUCAUUUUGCAGAGUCGUGCGCAUUUAAUAAAGAUUCUCAAACAUCAGCCGACAUCGAGGAGCUUAACAAGUGGUUACACAAAAUUGCAUAAUAUAAUGCAGCCAAUCUUACUAAAUAUAAAUUAUAGUUUAUAAGAAACUUUGUAAUUAUAUGGAGAAUUCUUUUAUAUAAACUUCUUUUGAUGUAACUUUCGAAAAAGUUAUUUUCUCACGUUAUUAAAACACAAAUGUUUAUUUAAAAA